GCUCAUCUAUUUCCUUCGAAAUUGUGAAAUGGAAAUAAGGAUUCAAUUUGAGAGCCCGACGUUUUUGGUUGUUUUCAAUUUUCAAUUUUCUACAAUUUUUUUAAUUAAAUUUAGUGGUUGAAUGGCAAAAACCGGACAAGCGGCUCGAUUGGCUCGAACGGCUAACCGCCUCGGCCGCUCGCCAACCGCUGCAUAAAACCGGAGCGGCUUUUAGACUGUUCCGAGCCGAUUUUGUGACCGGGUGGCGAUUUUACCGCGCGGGCCGAGCGGCUCGGCUUUAAUAACACUGGUAAUUUAGGUUCAAAUGAGAAUAAUUUCAUGGAAAGACUUUAGAAAUAGCAUAUAUAAUAGAAAGUUUGACUUGCGCACAAUAGCUCGACAACAAUAACGAUCGUUUGGUUUUGGUGAUAGUUUAGGUGAGAUACUGAGAUUGUUACAGUGAAUGCAUUAUCACCAAUGCAUCGUUUUCUGGUUUUUUCUGUAACAAUCAUGGUAAAAAAAACCGGAUCGUACCGGCCGGUUGAACCGGUAAAACCGGAAAUUCGCUCCUGGCCGAUACGACAAGCAGUUUGUGGUGAAGGAGUCGUCCCGGCCGGUUUUCCCGGUAAAAUCGGUUCAACUCAAAAAGCCACCCGGUUUUGGUCUAACCGGGGGUCAGCUAACGGGAACGACACGACGUCGUUUUGCGGUGAAGGAAAAAAAAAAUUCGGCCGAAGCCUCAAAAGCACAACCCUAAAUCAUCGGCCGCUUCGUCCUUCGUUUGCUGCUGCUGGCGACCUCCCACUUCUUUUCGAGCGACGACCAGCCCGGCGAUCCUCCCUCCUCUUCUCGACCGGGGACCAGGGCCCGGCGAUCCUCCCUCCUCUUCUCGACCGGCGAGGCGGCGACCGGCGACCUGCUCUGCGGUUUCUCUGCUCCAGGCUGCUCCGCCUCUAUUCCGCCACUACUCCGCCGCACGCGUCUUCCUCCCCUGCUCAAGAAGAACACAGCGACAGCAGGUAUGGUUGGACGGCGAACACACUUCCCCCAUCUUUGAAUGAAUCGCAAAAUUGGAAUGAAUAUGGGUCAAAGAAGGAGACGGAGCAGAACAAUGACAAGCUUGGUAAUGGGUACUGAGGGAAAGUGUAAGUAAUAAACUAAAUGGGGUAUCUUUUGGUUUUAAGAAAUCAUUUAUAUAUAGCGAUGUUUUAACUUAUUCGUUGGUGUAUCGAAGGGGGUACCCAAAAGUGAGAACCAUGCCAAAGGAACGGUGGCGUUUUGGGUUCGGAUAGUGUUUCGUCCGUCGUAGUUGUCGUCUUCAUCUCGAGUCUAUCAAUCUGCAGCUUUCUGUUCUUCUCUCAAUAGAUCGAAGAACCACUCUUCCAGAGCUCCACCGCCUCUACUUAGCAAGCAAUCAUAAUCGCUACCAAGAGCGCUUUGUAGGAAACGACUCUUUCCUUUUCUUCCUAUAAAUAACGAGUGAGUUCUCCAUUUGAAUGCAACGGUUGGUAGUAAAGAGAGACUGGGAUUCUGUCUUAUCUAUCAUGGGCUGUUUUGGGUACCAUCUUCAGUAGAUAGGUCACAGGAGUUGAGAACUGGGUGAUCUUGUCUUGGGAAGUUGGGAUUGAGUGUUUUUCUUCUGUAUUCAAAAGUGUCAAGUCUCUUGGCUUGGGUAGGGUUUGAUUAGAUCAAUUGUAACUCUGUUUCAAUUUAAAUAAAAUUUAUUUCCUUUCAUAUUCAUUCAGACUUAUCAAUUGGUAUCAGAGCGGGCUCUUUGAAGGACUAACCGUCGCCAAAGAGAAGAUCAUAAGAUGUCUAGAUCAUCCUCAAGUGCAGUAGCCUAUUCGACAAAUACAAACCCACCAUGGUUCGAUGGAACAGACUACACAGUCUGGAAGAAGAGGAUGCGAAUUUACCUUCGUGGGGUUGACGGAGAAUUAUGGGCUGUCGUCAGAAAGGGACCAGUCCCCAUGAAAGAUGAAGAUGAAGAAGAUUGGAAGGAAGAACAGAAGAUUUCCUCACAGCUCGACUCAAGAGCUAUGCACAUUCUGUUCUCAGCAUGAUAAAUCACCUAACCGAAACCCAACCUGCCACGGAGCAGGUAUAAGUAUCGAAGUACCCUUCCCGGAACUACGCAUUGCCAUUCCUACUCAUACCAAGGGUCACACUCACACAUGAACAUGAUCAUAAUGUGGGGUCAGACAACAAUCUCUCCAUUGCCAUUCAGUUGUCCACUAAUUUCGGUCUUCAUGGUCGGUACUCGGUUAGGAAAAUAAACCGUUUGAAAAAUUAUGGAUAAAAUCGGAUCGUACACCAUUAAGAAUGGUCUGAUUUAUAUAAUAUAUUGAUUUCUUGGUUUGGUUGAAGAAUCCCGUGUUCUCUUUCUUCUCAACGAGAUCCAAGUCUCAACCCUACUUUUGCGGAUCUUGUGUCCUCCUUCAUUCAUCAAUCACUCUCCACCACCGGCGUGGUCUGGUCUGAAUCGUGGAGUAUUUGGUUUGGUCUCUAUUCUAUGUUCCAACUUCUCGAUAUGAACUAUGAACCGUAUAAAUGAUCCAUUCUUGAUUAUACCGUAGCUUUUCACAGGUCUAACCAAACUCAAAUAUUUGGGCCAGGAUGUGCAUGAAUGCAUUAGAAAAUAAUGUGUCACGUGACAACCAUAUACGUUGCAAUACCGAUAUCCCUAUCAUGCAUUCAUAAAAAGAUAAUGCAAGUGGUCCAAUGUUGCUUCUCCUUUUGUACCAUGAUCGAUCCGAGGGGUUUCUUCGAAUCAUAUAAAAAGGUUGCAUUAUUAGGUGGGUCCAAUAUUCACUACCUUUCUUGACAAAUGUUCGUUUCUUUAUCAUUUUCAUGCACAAGUAGUGCCGUGGAUCAAAGGCGUCACAUAUUGAUGGUAAGAAUCUAUCUGACCAAGAUCAUAACUUAACUGCGUACUCAAAUGGUGACCCUAACCUGAUUAAAAUGGUGACCUAGCAUGACAUAAACAGUGAUCCCACUCUUAACUCGAAUCAUGAGCCAAUGUGGAAAUACUAGCAUUGAAGGUGUCAGCGGCGGAUCCAGGACAUAGUAGAGCACUGGGCCGCAUUUGAAUAGAAAAUUAGAAACCGU